GCUUCCGGGCGUCUCGGUUACAGUUCUGACUACUUGUCCGACAAAUUGACGCCCUUAUGUGCUUAUAAAGACCGCAAAAUAUCCCAGACAUCCCAAUUAUAUACCACGCAUUUCAUUAUGAAUCCCUACGCAGGUCGUUGGCCUACCGACUGGCAACAAGGACAAUACAACCCUCAUGUAUACAUCCCCCCAUCGUAUUACAACCAGCCAUAUUAUAAUGAUCAACCGGCAGGAUGGCACACCGUCUUCGAUCGCUCACGACCAACAUCCAAAUGGACCGCUCUAAACCCUAUUCUUGCAUCAGAUAUGACCCACGUGCGCUACGAUAUCCGCAAGCCUCCGCGUGAAGGGAUCAUGAUAUCUACAUGGCAGCAAAUUAGCCAUGUUCCAGCACUCGCGUCGCCCACACACGAGGUCCACAUCAUCUCGAAGGCAUUCCCUUGGUCAAUCAACAUCCGUGCGCCUGCUGGGUCUGUAGUCACGUGUGGUGCGGUCUUUGAUGCAUUGCAUGCAAUGCUACAGGAGCCUAUCGCAGACUCGGAGUGGGGAAUCGUGGCUCUUGAUAAAACGCGGAGAGAAGCGAUUGAGAAAGCGGCGAAGGCGAGACAAGAUAAAGAUAAAGACAAGGAAAAACGGCUGAAGAGAGUUGACUGGCUGGGGGACACGCCAAUGUUUAAGGGGUUAGAGAAGGACGAGGACUUUGAGAAGAAGAGGCUGUUACCCGGAAGUGCGGGUGUCGCGGAGACAUGGGUGGUGAGAUUUGGAAAACCGUGAUGGUAACCUAUAUUCGACGAUGAUUAUCAUGGGAGUUUUAUGGUAUCUUUCUCGUCUUUGUUCUCGGGACCCGUGUAACGACUUAUCCUCAUGCCUAUACUUCUAAAUGCAAUAUACACUACGGCUGUACAUCACUUAUAAUUGUGAUUAUCAUCGAGAGCGCAUCAUAAUAUUGAUCUUUGAGGCGUCCAAACGCCAUUGAUUUUAUAUAUCUUCAUCAACAGUAUCACGGCGUAUCACCAGGCCCCAGGUUGAAGAUGAUAUCAUG